AUGAAACGCCCUCCCCCACCAUAUCUGCAAACCUCUACAAAUGGUAAUAGAACCUCAAACCCGUCACCUUCUCCCUCGAGCGCUUCCAAGAGGUUGCCGGGAAGUGCAGCUCCGCUCAGUGCAAAUUCUCAAAAUGGUGUCUAUGGGAAUGGCACAGGCCCGCGUCCGAAUCGUCAACGGAAAGAAUCACAACGCAUGGGAGAGCCAACAGGACGUCCGCAGAGGCUUGCGACGAGGAAUGGUGUUGUAGAUGGGCUCCCUCUUGAGAGGCGGUCCGCGAAGAGGUAUCCAGAACCGUAUGUUCCGAGCGAAUCGCAUAUCCUCCGCAAAUUCAAGGGCCACCUGCCUUCCCUUAUUGUACAUCUACACCCGACCCAUUUUCGAUUCGACCAGCAAGAGGGAAGUUUCAGCUAUCACUCCGAAAUGCGCAUGUUUAUCGAGCACUUACAGAAGAGGACUAUACCGCAUGACAUGCUUGAAGAGCUUCGGAAGUCUGAUGUGCGAUUCUAUGACGGCUGGCUGAUUGUGCGUGUCGUCGAUCACAAGUCGGUGUCAGCCACUGCCGGGUCUGCUUCCAAUACUUCUUCUGAUGACCAGUAUUCAAUACAUAAUCACAAUCCGUACAUCACACCUUCACCAUGGCGACCUUACCCACUCAAGAAUCUGCUCAGAGCUGAAGGGGAACGGAAAUCACCACCACUCAAACAGGAGCCGAAUGAAGACUCUUCAAUUCGUCCAAAGAGUGCAUCGUCAAUGAAUAUCCAAAACGGACUCCAUGAGGCAUCGCCCAAAUCUCGACAACCACAACCGAAAAUCUACCACGUUGCUCUUCGCCCCACAGCACUAUCUAAACACAUGGAUCUUGUCAUCGACUCAAUGACGCCGGAUCCAAAAGCUGUAAAUCGACGGCAAUCGCAAGCGUAUCCUACUGCGCGAACGCCAUCGUCUUCCAUGCCUCCACCAACGCCUCUUUCCGCAGUGCCAUCGACACCUUCUGUUGAGCGUGGGCCUCCAACCAAGAAGCUCAAAAUGAAAAUCGAAUCCAAGGACUUGCUCGAAUAUGAAGCAAGAAUCGUCAACUCCACCGCACCGCCUUUGUUCCUAGAUGCUCUGAAUAGUCUUGACGAAGCUCAGAACUUACUUGAAUUUCUCAAAGACCCUUGGCAUGAUGAGCCUCCACCAUCACCGAAAGGACGGAAGCGGACCAUUGCAGAGCUUGCAGCGGACGAUGCUCUUGCGAAGGAACAAGAACGUUUCAUGCUCAUUAUGGAUGAGCGCAAUAUUGGAAGCUCGGCCACCGCUAAUGCAACCAAUGCUGACGGCCCGGCAGCUGCGACUCUAUUUCAACCACGAUUCGAGAAAUUCAAUGCUCUGGAGAACAUCAAGUCACAGCAUGCCGAAAACAAGAGGCUCGAAGAGGAGCGGAAAUCCCAACAAGACCAUCAGCGACGCAAUCACCAGAGAGAGGAAGAAGCAAGAAGAGUCCGCGCUCAUGAGCAACAACAGCAGCAGCAGCAGCAGCAGCAACAACAACAACAACAACAACAACAGCAACAAAGAAUGGAGGAAACGCGUCGACAACAGAUGGCACAGUUGCAGAUGUCGCAGCGUCAUGCAGGUAUCCAAGCCACGGUAGCUACGACAGGGCAGCAACAGCAGCAACCGGGCACCAAUCACAUCAAUGGAAUUUCUGCUGUACCUCCUAAUAUGCAGAAUCAUAUAGCCCAUGUCUCCCAAGCUCAAAGAUCAUCCCCCGUGGUUCGUACCAGCACGCCUCAUGCCCACUCCUCACCACUUGUUGGGCACGUGUCACAUGCGAGCCAGAGUGUGAGUAUGGCUCCGACGUCUUCGAAUCAGGGAGCCGCAGGAAGCCCACCGCGGCCUGAAUCGGGCAUGCAACAUGGCCACCCCGGAGUUGCUAUGACUAGAGGGCCAAGUGGGCAAGGCUCAAGCAGACAUGGCACACCACAAAUUUCUCAGGGCACCCCAGCAAUGAGACACUCGACGCCGGUAGUCAGACAAGUCACUCCUACGAGUCGGAUGAACAACGCCAGCCCACAUGUGGGCAUGGUAGCUCCAACUCCACAUAUGUCUCAGGGUGCAAUGAUGAAUGGGGUGAAUGGCAUGUCUGGAAUGGCAGCACAGAACGCUGUCAUGGGUGCGAAUCGUCAACAGCAGCAACAUCAACUACAGAACUUCAAUCAGCCGGGAAAUCCCCAUACACUGACGCCUGAGCAAGUUGCCUAUCGCCAGAGGCAGCAACAUACUCUCCAUCAACAACGAGCAAUGCAGCAUCAGUUGCAACAGCAACAACAGGAUGGCCAGAAUCCCCAAACUUUCCAGCAACCACCCAGUGCACAAAAUGCUUUUCCACACACAACCGCCAAUUACAACGCGCAGCUCCACAAAAUGACCCAAGAUCUCAUGCAAGCUCAAGCUGCGGCAGCUGGCUCUCCGCCCCAAAAUCACGCUCCUCACCAACAAGCUGUCCAGAUGAACCACCAUCCGUCGCAGAGCGGCAUGCAAUCUCAGGUUCCAGGUCAACAACAGCAACAACGACCCGCUCAGCCCACCAAUCCAGCGCAAGUGCAGCAAUUCUUUACUCAACGCCUGCGCGUGGUGCAGCAACACCUGUUCCAAACGCUCGCUAAUCAGCACUAUGGCGGGAACCCUCAACUGAUCCAACCAGCACAACGGGAAAUCCUCCAGCAACGUGCCAAACAGCAAGUCAUGCAUGAGAUAACACAGCGGGGGAUGCUCAAUCCAGCACAGAGGCAAGGUCAGAUAACACAACAACAAAUGAUGCAGAUGCAGCAAGCUCAACAGCACGGUCAAGGCAGCCCGCAGAAUAUUGCCCUGAUGAGACAGCAAAUGAUGCAGCAGCAGGCGAUCCAACAACACCAACAGCAGCAGCAACAGCAGCAGCAGCAGCAACAACAACAACAACAACAACAACAACAACAACAACAACAACAACAACAACAACAACAACAACAACAACAACAACAACAACAACAACAACAACAACAACAACAACAACAACAACAGCAGCAGCAGCAGCAACAGUAG